GAAAGACAUUGAGAAGCUGAUCGCCGAGGAACGAGCCGAUAUCAUCUUGAAGUAUGCCCAGGCCCAUCGGUGUGUUUCCAUGUGGCUGUCUGGGCCGGCAGGGCGGUGUUGACAUCGACCCCUGGGAGGAUGCUGACUACAGCGUGUACCGAGUCACCGACCGUUUCGGCUUCAUGCAUGAGAAUGACCUACCGGCCCCCACUGCCUAUGAGGAGAAGCGGAAGCAGCAAGAAAUUGAGAGGGUGGAGAAAUGGCUGAAGAUGGUGAAGAAGUGGGAGAAGUACAGAAACAGUGAAAGAAUGGUGAAGAGAGUCUAUAAGGGCAUUCCUCUACAGCUCAGAGGACAGGCCUGGGGUCUCAUCCUGGAUGUUGAAAAGAUGAAGAAGGAAAACGAAGGCAAAUACAAGAGAAUGAAGGAACAAGCCACGCUGUACUCCUCUGAGAUCAAGCAGAUCGACCUGGACAUCAACAGGACCUUCCGCAACCAUAUCAUGUUCAUGGACCGCUUCGGGGUCAAACAGCAGGCCCUUUUCAACGUUCUGUCUGCCUACUCGGUCUACAACACGGAGGUGAGCUACUGCCAGGGCAUGAGUCAGGUGGCCGCCCUGCUGCUCAUGUACAUGAACGAGGAGGACGCCUUCUGGGCCCUGUGUCAGCUGCUGACCGACCAGAGGCACGGCAUGCACGGGUUUUUCGUGCCGGGUUUCCCCAAGCUGCAGCGUUUCCAAGCCCAUCACGAUCAGAUCAUCUCCAAACUCAUCCCCAAGCUGAAGAAGCAUCUGGACCGAGAGCAGAUGUCUGCUGGGAUCUACAGCACCAAAUGGUUUCUGCAGUGUUUCAUUGACCGGACUCCUUUUACGCUGACCCUACGCCUGUGGGACAUCUUCAUCCUGGAGGGAGAGAGGCUGCUGACCGCCAUGGCCUACACCACCCUGAAGAUACACCGAAAGUACCUGCAGAAGAUGUCCCUUGAGGAGCUGCGGGAGUUCCUCCAGGAGAGGAUCUCCCAGACGUUCCUGAGCAGCGACGACGCGGUCGUGGAGCACCUGCAGACCGCCAUGACGGAGCUGCGCCGGAUGAAGCUCGACCUCCCCCCCCCAGGUAAGGCGGAGGAGUUGCCCCUGGAGCCACUGGGGCAGGAGGUGCCCGUGGUGCUGAGUCCGGUGCAGCCCGGCGGGGGGAAGCCGCCCGCGGCGGGCGCUCUGAGCCUCCACAUCAUCCCCCACCAGCCUGACGCCAUCUCCCCCGACCAGAGCCCCUCCAAGGACCCCCGGGACCUGGAGGCCUUCGACGCAGAGGAAGGCCCCCCCCUGCCGUCCCCGGAGCCCGUCCUCGUCCACAGCCAGGCUCCGCCCUCCCCUGACGGAGGGCCCCUGGCGGGGCCGCCCCCGUACCAGCCCCCAGGGGCCCGGGGAGCCGAGAACGGGGAGCCUCUUCAACACGCGCCGCUCCCUGGAGAACCUCCUCAAAGCCGGGCCGAGGGCGGCGACACAGCGGGCCCCGAGGCAGAGGCAGGGGCCAUGAAGGGCGUGGCGGACCCCCCAGCAGCCAGGGAGACCCUCUCGGCGGGCCCCCCGGACCCGGCCCCCGGAGGGAUGACCAGGACGCACUCGGCGCCCGUGUUCCGGUCGGCGUCGCAGACGUCAGCGUCCAGCCUGCCUCGGUCCGAGAGCCUCCCUCAGACGGACAGCGCUGAGGGCGGCGGUGGGGCCCGGCGGCUGGAGCACCCAGCCCGCACGCUGCCGGAGCCUAUUGGCAAGGCACCGCGGCCCGGAGGGGGAGGAGCCGGGCCGACAUGAGGCGGAGCCGAGCUCAGCCAAUAGGACUCCAGGCUCACAAGACAGUCUCGAUGCUGGAAUCAGAUGGCGUGCGUUAUGGUGGCCCUGAAGGGAAAAAUAAUUAAAGAUAAUAUUAGGGGAAUGACUCAAAGAACCGAAAACACGAGAGUAUCUACGUGGGACAUCAGCGGACAGUGAUGACAUCAUGUAAGAGGUUUUUAUAGGAGGAAAUGGAAGACAUUUUAUAUGAAAACCAUAGACGUUCAUGUUCUAGUACUGCGGGUUACAUGGAUUGGUGACACUAGCCUGAUACUAGUCUGACGUAACAGAAUCUGUAUGUUUUUUAAACAUGUACGUUUUUUGUAGUUUUGCGAUAUUUUGUUAAAUAUUAUAAUGUUACUGUAGGCUACUUUGUUUGCUCAGUCGUUCUUUGUAAAACGUUUGCUAGAAGAGUCUUCUUUUAUUUUUUUGUACUUCAUGCCUUAUCUAGAUCAGCUUCAGGUUUGGUAUCGGCAGUCCUACCGUGUUUUGUAACAGAGGGAUUCUGGUGAUUUGGAAGACGGCUGUAAGAUAGUUCCAGUAAUGUGGACGUUAGCGUAGCAUCUGACCCUUUGUAGGUUGGCUCAGUGAGCUGGCUCACUGUCGGAAUGAUUGUACACAUUGAAACCUAUCGCUAACCUAAGCUAAUAAGCUAAGUUUAACUGCCAAGUUUUCUUGUUUAAUAAUUUAUUGUUAGAAAGAAACAUAGAAAUGUAAGAAUAAGGACUAGUGCAUAACCUUUCAAUAACGUUGUACAAUUGGAACAAGAGCUAGCAUGCUUCGCUUGAGUUGAACGCUGAAUGUCAUUGCUCUAAAGAUAACGUUUAGCUUCUAUGUGACAUCUUUCAAUAUUAUUUAUUGGAAAAGUACAUUAGGGCUAACUGAAUUGCCUUUAGGAGUUGACCACCAGCGUAAGAGAAGGAGGACAUUUCUACUGGGUCAUACUGAAACUCUGAAGGUAGAAAUAGUGAAUGGGCGCCAUCUAGUGGUGCGUUUAGGUUAAGCAUGUCCUAGUGUUGCACUGUACCCAGAAACUAGAGAAGUCUUAAUUUUUAAGUAACGUUGAGAGGUUUUGUGUUCAACACUUCCUCCUGCGUCCCUUCAAACAUUUUAUAUACUGCGGCAAGUCUUUUGAAAACUGUUGUAGCCUAUAAUAGGAAUGGAUAGUAGCCUACAUGAUCCCUGGAUUUGUACAA